AACACCGGGCAGUUUCCAAUUGUUUUUGUUUUUGUUUGUGCAAAGUUGGGAUCCAUUUGAUUUACAGUCCAACCUUUAACUUCUUUCCUUUCUAACUACUUAUCCACUCGUCGUGUGGUGACGCCCUCCUCAACUUGAGCUUUUCAAUGUUCCCAGAAACCGAUACACCUCCGCCCAAACCCAGACUCGAACCUCGAACUCGCUUCCAAGGUGGCUUCAUCAUGGACCGUGACACUGCUAUCGCAUGGGCCUCUCGUAUCGCGAAUGAGCAGUUGACAAUGAAGGACAUCUGCUGGGUGUGGCAGCUCAUUGAAGGAAAGGUCAAACCUUUCGGAAGCAGGUUCUCGUUUGUAGGCGAAGAACGCUUUACGGAGUUUAUGGUCGUUACAAGGAGAGCUGUGUUCAGGAAAGGAUACUUGGGCAUGGACCCCGCGAAGAUACCGCAGUUCAGGGAAGGUGCAAGGGAGAGGAUUGCAAGGAAGUUGUUAGAGGAGGAAGGUCUUGGCCAUUUGGAGUUUUCCACUUGUUUGGACAGCUCGCCGUACUAAUGUUGAAGCUGCUGUGUACUACUAUGUCGUUUCUCGGAAGGAAUCCUAAGUUUUGCUUUCAAAAUAAAACACGAUUGUUUAAGGUGAUUUGGGUGGCCCCACAGCGCGCUGCCACUUGCUCUAAUCGCCGUCGGAAAUGGUUCUGGAAGGUGAGAUGAA